AUGAAUGCUGGGAUGCUGCAAAAGGAAUAUUCAUUGCCUUAUACACCACAGUCUGCAGAGUGCAAAGAUCUCAGCACUGAAUUCUAUUUUGAAGAACUUAAUAAAUGUUGCAGCCAGUGCCCUCCAGGUCAGUACAAGACAGAGAGCUGCAGUCACACUGUGGACACCAAGUGCAGGCCCUGCAGACCCAACACCUACACAGCCAUCUGGAAUUGGUCCCCACAGUGCUUUGCCUGCUCACCACCCUGCAGGAAAGGGCUCGUGGAGAAUCAAACAUGCACUCAGUCCCAGGACAGGAUCUGCAGCUGCCCACCCCACAAGUACUGCGUUUCCAAAAUAGAGGAGUACUGCAGAAUGUGCAGAGUGCACAGAAAAUGUGGCAGAGGGUACCGAGUUUCCAGAAGAGGGACAGACAGCACCGACACAGAGUGCAAACCUUGUCCUCCUGGCACUUUCUCCCCUGAGGAAUCCUACGACACCAGCUGCACACCCCACACAGUUUGUAAAUCAGUGGCUGUUCCUGGGAACAGCAGGAAUGACACUGUUUGCAGCGACUCAGGAACAGCCACAGUUCUACCUCACACCAUCCUGAACCUGCUCCUGACCCAAAGCUCAGCUCCCCACAGGCCUGAAAUAAUAACUCGACCCAUCAUGUUAAACUCUGUGCCUGACCUGUCUCCCACCAUUGGAGCAGUAGCAGGACCGUUGUUACUGGUCGUGAUAAUUGCUAUUUUGGGUUAUUGCUUAGUCUCUAACAGAAAAGCCCCUGUGUUCUCUGCACCAGCUACAGAGGCAGAUUUGCCUUUUCCCCUCACAGAAAAACAGUGUGACAAAAAAGUGAGAGAGACAGGAUUGCAGAACUCCAGCAACUCUGAACAGGAGGAACAGCAUCUCUUGGGAACUUCUGGGUCCAGCAGUGGCAACCUGGAUAAUCCAACUGCAAGAUUCAGCGUAGAAAGUAAAAAGAAUGAUGAAAAGAGAAAACCAGAAGGAUUUCAUCAGCAACAUCCACCUGCAGAAAGUUCUAAACUCCACAGCGGAGACAGACACAGCUCUGCGAGUUCAGAACAUUCUGGUAACGGAGGAACGCAGGUGAAUGUGACCUGUAUUGUCAAAGUCUGUAGCCCAGACUGCAGUUCCCAGUGCCCAGAGCAGAUGGAUUAUGGAAACACUCCCUCUUAUUCCCCAGGAGGGGAAGACACUCCCCUUUCAAAAGAAGAAAAUCCCUCGAAAAGUGAAACUGAAGUUCACAUCUCGGUGGAAAAUGAGGACAAUUUACUUCAAGAGUUACUUCCAGAAGAAAAGAAGGUUCCUCUGGGUAUUCAAGAUGCUGGGAUGAAAACCAGUUAGAGGAAAUUACAGAUCAUACACUGACUGACUGAUAAAAUUAAUCAUUUUCUAAAGUCUUAUAAAACAAAUGUUAUGGCAAAUGUAGCAUUCCUACAGAGACUUGAAAUCUCAGACAAAUACAAACACUGAUGCUUUAGAGGUUUUUAAGCUUUGAGAGCCAAAGGAAGGUCUUUGCAGUUUAAAAAUUUGAAUGCUUUUUCUUUUAAAUUGAAUGGCCAAUUCUUCUCUUUCUUCUUCGAUACCCUAGAAAGACCUUUACCAGAUUGGAAAAGGAACAUUUCUCUAACU